CAGCAGGCGGAACAAAGUGACAAACGCCCAGGUCAGGGAUGAAUGGUGUGAAUCCCAUAGAAUCCACCGAAGAUGACUCCAGCUACGAUGGGGAUGAAGAUGUGGGCCAGAGGACACAGCAGGAGAGAAAACCAUGGGAUGUCUUCCGGGAUCCUCCUAUACGAGAGAGCAGUGGUUCUGUUAGUGACAAACGUGCCUUAGUGACUCUUACUAAGUUAGUGAAAGUAUUAGCUAUUAUUUUCACUACGGUGGUAGUGCUUGGUUCAGCAGUCUUAGUUAAAGGAACUGUGCUAUUCAUGACAUCACAACUCAGAAAAGGAAAGCAAACAGUCUACUGCAACAAAGGACUUGGUGGUGAAAAACAAUUUGCUGCAGAGUUACCUGAAGAAGAAAGAGUGGCAUGGAUGUGGUGUAUACUGAUUGCGUAUGCUGUCCCAGAACUAGGCACAUUCAUCCGUGCAUCACGAAUGUGCUUCUUUAAAACUGUAGCAAAACCAUCCCUACCAGAGUUCCUUAUUGCCUUCUUUAUGGAGACGUUUCACACAAUAGGCAUGGCACUUCUUUUCUUUGUAAUUCUGCCCAAUCUUGAUGUGCUGAAGGGUGUCAUGUUGACAAACUGCUUAUGCUUUAUUCCUGGUGUGCUUGCUAUUGCCUCAAGAAAUAUGAAUGAGCCAGGACGUCCUAUUAAAUUAGUUGCUGAUGUUGCUGCUACAGCCAUUCAGGCUACAGGAUUUGUAGUAUGGCCAAUGUUAGAAGGAAGUGAAAAACUUCAGUUGUGGUUGAUUCCAGUCACAACUAUCUUUAUUUCAUGUGGAUGGUGGGAAAAUUAUAUUUCUGCAACAGAAAAUGCUCCUCUAGGUUUUGUGAAGCCAUUGCAUCAAAUAAUGAAGAGACUAUCAGCAACACGUUAUUACAAUUAUCUGUUUAUAUCAUGCUGGAAAAUACUGUGCUUCUUUGUGUCUAUACUGGUAAUCCUUGCUCUGCAGAACGAAAAUGUAAAUAAUUUCUUCAGUCUGCUUCCUACAGCUUUUGGACCACAUAAAAUAACAGUAAUUGAAGUAAUAAGUUCUGAUGCUGGUACAAGUGUGUUAGAUGAGGCUCUUACAACUCCUGAGAAGUUUGAAAUGGACGCAUACUAUUAUGCUUCAGUCUUUGUACUUAUCAUACAGAUAUGCGCAGCAUAUAUCUGUUAUAUAUUUGGAAAAUUUGCCUGCAAAAUAAUGAUCCAGCCAAUUGCUUUUGCAUUCCCUGUGAAUGUGACAGUUCCAUUGUCUAUUUCAUUACUAAUUGUAAUGUGUGGGUUAAAGAACACAGAUCCUUGCACUUACCAGAACAUUAUACCAGACUACCUUUUCUUUGAUGCACCAAGCUCUUACACAGUUGGUGACUUCUUGGGGACACAGCAUGCAUGGAUUUGGUUAUUGUGGCUGUUUUCUCAAACUUGGAUUACGAUUCACCUGUGGUCACCCCAAUGCAAACGUCUUUCACCAACAGACAGGUUAUUUGUGACUCCUAUGUAUAACUCACUGCUCAUUGAUCAAUCUUUGGCAUUAAACAGAAGGCGAGAUGAUACAAAUAUGGAAGUGAUUGAGCCUGAUAUAUUUGCUGAUGAUGAACUUGAUGAUGCACAUAUCACAGAGAAAGAGAUGCUUGGGCCUUCUGAUGAGGUUACUCGAAUUUAUGCUUGUGCUACCAUGUGGCAUGAAACAAGAGAUGAAAUGCUUGAGAUGUUGAAAUCUGUUUUUCGUAUGGAUAUAGACCAAUCAGCUCGGAGACUGGCAAGAAAAUACUUUGGUAUUGACGAUCCUGACUAUUAUGAAUUUGAAACACACAUAUUAUUUGAUGAUGCUUUUGAAACAACUGAUGGAGAUCGCGUUGUCAAUAGCUAUGUAAAGCUGCUAGUGUCAGUAAUUGAUGAGGCUGCUACACUUGUUCAUGGCACAACUAUUAGGCUGAGGCCACCUGUAAAGUACCCAACACCUUAUGGUGGCCGUCUUGUGUGGACCCUUCCAGGCAAGACAAAAAUAUAUUGCCACCUUAAAGAUGGCGACAAAAUUAGAACCAGGAAACGUUGGAGUCAGGUAAUGUAUAUGUAUUACUUGCUUGGACAUAGACUGAUGGAAAAACCAAUAUCAGUUCAUCAAAAGGAAGCUAUCGCCAGAAACACCUAUCUUCUAGCUAUGGAUGGGGAUAUUGACUUUCAGCCUGAAGCUGUGCUCUUAUUGGUUGAUCUAAUGAAAAAGGACCCAAAUUUAGGUGCCGCCUGUGGACGUAUUCAUCCCAUCGGUUCGGGUCCAAUGCAGUGGUAUCAGGUCUUUGAAUAUGCGAUUGGACAUUGGUUACAGAAAGCUACUGAGCACAUAAUAGGUUGUGUGCUUUGUAGCCCUGGGGCAUUUUCAUUAUUUAGAGCAAAAGCUCUUAUGGACGAUUCUGUGAUGAACAAGUAUGCCUUUCGCUCGUGUGAAGCUCGACAUUAUGUACAGUUUGAUCAAGGUGAAGACAGAUGGCUUUGUACAUUACUUCUGCAAAGGGGCUAUAGAGUAGAAUAUGCAGCAGCCAGUGAUUCAUAUACACAUUGCCCUGAGGGUUUUAAUGAAUUUUUCAACCAACGUAGGCGAUGGAUACCUUCAACUACAGCUAAUAUUCUGGAUCUUCUAAUGGACAGUAAAAGAACAAUUAAAGCUAAUGAUAACAUCUCUCUACCAUACAUCAUGUACCAGAUCCUCUUAAUGGGUGGAACGGUACUUGGACCUGGAACUAUAUUCCUGAUGUUAACAGGAGCAUGUGUGACAGCCUUCCGCAUAGACAACUGGACAAGUUUUCUUUAUAAUGUUACUCCCAUUUUGUUAUUCAUGCUAGUAUGUUACACAUGCAAAUCAGAUAUACAGCUGACUGUUGCUAUGAUUAUCACAGUGGGUUAUUCAUUGGUUAUGAUGGCAGUACUAGUUGGUCUGAUACUACAGAUACAAGAGGAUGGAAUUCUCGCACCUUCAUCACUUUUCCUAGUUCUUUGUGCAGCUGAAUUUUUAAUUGCAGCUAUAUUUCAUCCAAAAGAAAUGUACUGCUUACCACCUAUUGUGGUGUAUUAUAUCACUAUACCAAGCAUGUAUCUACUUCUCAUCAUUUACUCUGUUUUCAAUCUCAAUAAUAUUUCUUGGGGAACAAGAGAAUCACCAAAAGCACAAACUCAGCAGGAACAAGCAGUGGCCAUAGAAACAAAGAAAAAAGAUAAGAAGAAGGGCAUGUUUAGCUUUCUGACAAAGUUCACUGACAAAACAAAGAGCAACAAAGGCUCCAUUGAAUUUUCUCUGGCUAAUUUAUUUAAAUGCAUGUGCUGCACAUAUCCAAAACCUUCUGAAGAAACAGAACGUCUACUAAUGAUUUCUGGAAGUUUAGAAGCGAUUGGAAAGAGACUGGAGACCCUUGAACGGAUCCUUGACCCUAGCUCCCAUCUUAAUGGAAGACUAAGAGUGCGCCAAAAUAUGCGAGAAAAUCCACUGAUGCCACAUCCAGAACUCCCAGAAUUUGAUCAAGAAAGUAAGAAAAACUCUGAUGAUGAUAAUGAGAGUGUGACAUCAGAACCCAAAGAAGAUCGUAUUGAUGAUGUAAAUCCAUUUUGGAUAGAGGAUCGAAAACUGAAGAAAGGUGAAAUUGAUUAUCUCUCAAAAACUGAGAAGGUAUUCUGGACGGAUUUAAUAGCAGCUUAUUUGUAUCCUCUUUUUGAAGACCGUGAAGAAAACAAAGAAGAAAAAGCACGUAUCACCAAGGACCUGAAAGCUCUACGAGAUACAUCUGUUUUUGCAUUUUUCAUGAUAAAUGCACUCUUUGUACUUGUGGUGUUUUUGCUGCAACAAAACAAAGAAACCAUAUAUAUUCAGUGGCCUCUCGGUGCAAAAGCAAACAUCACAUUUGUUGAGGACAAUAAUGAGGCUAAAGUCACAAAGGAAUACCUGGAACUAGAACCAAUUGGUCUCGUUUUUGCACUUUUCUUUGGAAUUGUGCUAAUAAUUCAGUUCUUUGCAAUGAUGUUUCAUCGACUUGGAACUCUGUCUCAUAUUUUGGCAUCAACAAAUGUAAAUUUAUUUUCCUGUGGAAAGGAUAAUGAUCAAGAAGAUGAAGAAGCCCUUAGGAAAGAGAUCAUAGCUGUAGUUUCACAUAUGCAACAGAUGCCACCGGAAGCUGAUGAAGAACAAGAUAAAAGGAAACCAUCACAGAGAAAAUUGACGUGUUUGAUAUCUUCUCCACAAGCACCUAAGAGUGUAAAUUUAGCUAAUAAUUUCAAAGUCAGCAUACAACAAUUUAUGAAUGAUGGAGAGCGUGGUAUUGACCAUUUCAGUCACCGUUAUAGUCUCAGGAAGAGAACAGCAUCACACUUAAUGAACAUGCACAGAAGGACAACUAUAGAAAGGCGAAAUUCUAAGGCACUGGCUGCAAAUAACAAGAUGUCGACAACCUAUCCUCAUUUGACAUCACCAGCACACACAGAAAUUACUAAUGAUGGUCAUGUGAAUGCAGGAUUUGAUGGUUUUUCAGAGGAUAUAGGAAUAAAUAGGAGACCUUCUCAGAAAAGAAAGAGUAUAGUUACUUUUGCAGAUACCGAUGUUAAAUAUAGUUGACAGAUCUGAGAAUUAUUUAUUCAUUAAAAACCAUUGCUUUAAUGGUUAAUUAUUUGUAAAGAACAGUGAAAAAAGCUAUAACAACAUUGAAUACUACUCUGUAAAUAAAAUUUCAUUGCUGGUCCUAGGUAGUAACACCAGUACAUUUCAGGUAUCAUAACAACACUACAACAAAUGUACCAAACCUAACUGCCUUCCAGAUGAUAUUUCUGUGAUUUAGAAUAAAAAAGUAUGCAUUAUUUUUUACUGUAAAAUCUUUGUUCAAUAUUUAUGUGAACAGGAUUAAAAUAAGAAAAACUUAUGCUUCUACAAAAAAUGGA